AUGCCGCGCACGACGCCGUCGAGCCCGCUGUCCCGCGCGACCCCGCCGCGCUCCCCCACGGCCGCCAGCCGCCUGGCCGUGGCCCCGGCGUCCCCGUCCACCCCGCAGUGCGCCAUCCCGGCCUCCCCGCGCACGCCCGUGGCGUCCACGCCGCCGGCCCCGGCCCCGGCAACGCCCCGCACGCCGCGUCCGGAGAUCACGCUCCGGGAGCCCGCGCAGCCGCAGAAGCGCUCGGCGCCCGCCGCCGUCCGCAGGCCGUCGUCGCGCGCGCUCCGCAAGAUCCGCUCCCUCCUCCGGUCCCUCCCCAUCAUCGCCCCCGCCGCGUGCCGCCCGGCUUCCGCGCUCCCGCGGCGCCACAACAACAGCAACAACAAGCCGCAACAACAGCAAGCGCGCGUGACCGGCACGUUCUACGGCCACCGGCGCGCGCGCGUGGCGCUGGCCGUGCAGGAGCGGCCCGGCAGCCUGCCGACCCUGGUGCUCGAGCUCGGCAUCCCCACGGGGAAGCUCAUGCACGAGAUCUCCUCCGGCGGGCACGUGCGCAUCGCCCUCGAGUGCGAGAAGAAGUCCGAGGGGGGCGGGGGCGUGGUGAGGCUGAUGGAGGAGGCGAUGUGGACGGCGUACGUGAACGGGCGGCGGGUGGGGUACGCGGUGAGGCGGGAGGCGACGGGCGGCGACCUGGCCGUGAUGCAGCUGCUCAGCACGGUGUCGGCCGGCGCCGGCGUGCUGCCCGGGGAUGUGGUGGACGAUGAGGAGCCGCCGCCGCAGGGGGAGAAUAACGCGGACGCGGGCGCGGGCGGCGGCGAGGUGGCGUACAUGCGCGCCGGGUUCGAGAGGGUGACCGGGAGCAAGGACUCGGAGUCGCUCUACAUGGUCAGCCCCGACGGGGACGCCGGCGGUGCCGCUGGCGGGGGCACCGAGCUCAGCAUCUUCUUCGUCAGGGUAUAAAGUUCGACAUACCGCGCGCGCAUUGCCGGGCCGGCGGCGUGAGACGGGGCGCUAAUUUCUCUUAUAAAUUGUUGCUGUAACAAGUGUGUGUGGCAUUGCAUUUGUGUUUGCGUUUAAUUUCAAUUUUCAAGGUUUGCACAUAGGAACCAACGGUGAACGGCAUGUCCAUAUAACGAGCUUUUUUGACAUCCAAAUUCCAUCUUGAUGUUCUUCCUCUUAUUUUCCAAUGUAACAGAUUUUCUAGAAAAAAAAUGUUAUAAAAUUACAUCCAGAAGGUAUAUAGCCACUAGUUUUCGAAUACGAUCGCAUUAAUCCCACGGUAAACUCCUUAAUUAGGGCUAGUUUGGUAGCGGAGGAAGAAAAAUCCAGGGUUCAAGACCCAAGACGGGGAAUUUAGGGAGCACAGGGGAUCCCCUAGGAGAAACUUCAAGUCGGGGGAAACUGCCCCUGCCCCAUUUGGUAACAAGAGGCUACACCGGAAGGAUCGCUCUCGCCGGAGGGAGGCCUCGGGGUCGUCCACGGUCGCUGCAAGGAGGCAUCGGGGUCGCUCGCGGGGGCCGGAGGAAGACGAGGGGUUGCGCGCGGGGGCCGGAGGGAGGCGGAGGCUCUCUCGCGGUCGCCGGAGGGAGGCGCCGGCGGCGCUCGCGGUCGCCAAGGACGGCUGCGUCGGUCGAGAGGAGCGAGCCAGGGAUUUUCUUU